AUGGUUGAAUGCAAGCCAUGUUCCAUUCCAGUUGCUGCCAAGACUUCCCUCUCGGCCAAUGAUGGCCAGUUGCUCUCCUCCCCCACUGAAUUUCGAGCUCUAGUUAGUUGUCUCCAGUACUUGACCUUAACCCGGCGGGACAUAUCAUUUGCCGUCAACACUGUCGCCCAGUUUAUGGCUUCUCUUUGCCAGCCACACCUUCUGGCUGUUAAACGCAUUCUACAGUAUAUCAAAGGCUCGCUUACUCAUGGGUUGUUACUUCGUCCCCAACCUGUUCCUUCCCGUAUUUCCGCUUAUUCGGAUGCGGAUUGGGCUGGUUUUGUUAAUACCCGUCGCUCAACAACGGGAUAUUUAAUUUACCAUGGCAGUAAUCUGGUGUCAUGGUGUUCCAAGAAGCAACCAACGGUCUCCAAGUCUAGCGCUGAGUCAGAAUAUCGAGCUUUAUCUCAUGCGUGUUCAGAAACGACGUGGCUCUCCUACCUAUUUUAUGAGUUAGGUAUUGCUACUCAGUUUCCCAUUCACCUCUACUAUGACAACCUCAGUACCACCUACAUGGCUGCAAACCCUGUAUUCCAUGCUCGGACUUCACCACAUUGA